AUUAGGGAUUUGGCUGAUAGAGAUAGUGAAUAUUUUGUCAGGUCUGAACCAUGAAGGUAUGGGCUUUAAAGAAACAGACAGGAAAAGGCGUUCUGUCUAUGAAAACAGCUAUGAACUAAAAACACGUAAAAGGGUGGCAUGCAUAAGUGGGUUGGACAAUAUGAAGAAGGCGAUGUGUAGCCUAUAAUACACCUGUCUUUGUCCUCGGCCUUCCAUAAUGACCAUCACCUCAGGUUACCGCCCAUUUUCAGCCCUGCCCGUUGAGUCUUAUUUAUGAUUGGUAGCUGGCUUUUUGAGUGACGUGACAGCGUGGGCACCUGAAAUUCGGUCAAGCUGCGACACCGCGCGCUGUCCAGCCAGCUGAGCGAGACGCGGAGACAGGAGGGGAGCGGAUGGGUGCCGAUAAAAGGAGGGUCUGGGGAAUUUUACAUCCCGGUGUCCCGGUAGCCUCUUUGUCGCACGCACCUUCCCCAUAAAGAUGCGGAUGCAUCAGCGAUUCGCCCUGAAUACAGGACUUUGACAGCUAUAGCAACAUCACAUCUUCACGAUUGCCAGACGUUGGAUCAGGGAUAAAAUGUCAGAUUGAUAUAUCUGCGUUUGCCUUUUUCUCUCUCUUUUUUUUCUUCCGCUCUCUUUCCUUCCCCUCCCUUUCUUCAUCCCUUCUCGGCUGCGUCCAAGGAUUCUGCUAUGGUGGACGCAAAUGAGACGAGGAAAACCUCUUCCAUACCGGAGAUUACGCCUCUGGAUCGGUACGAUUUCGGCCGGGCCAAGAUUUGCGCCAGUGUUCGGUGGCUGUUGGUCACGGCCUAUGGGUCUGGAGAGGGUGUGCCGGCGGACCUGCAGGAGCCGCUGUCUCGGGACGCCGCGCAGAACAAGCAGGAGAAGCAGAAGCAGAAGGAGGAGGAGCAGCUGAAGCCGGCCGUGGCUCGCCUGCUCCUCUCCUGCGAGCUGUACCGGCGCGCCUACGCCAGCGUCCAGCAGGGGGCGCCAGCGGCUGAGCCCAAGGACCACGGAGGCCUGCUGCAGGCGCUGGCCAAGAGGGGCCUCGAGGCGGCCGUCAGCGAGGGAGAGCUGUCCUGCCAGCCCAUCAAAGUGGGUGCCCACAUGGCUGUAAUUGACGCGAUGAUGACACUGGCUACCAUGGAGACCGUUGGGGGUGUGAAGAUGGCGAAGGAGGUGGAUCAGUUUGGGGGUGGAUCCACAUGGGAAAAUUCACUGUUGUUCUGGGUCAACAAGUUGAUUCAGAAGUUGAGAGAGAGCACUGACACAGAGGGGCCUGGAGAAGUCCAGAAACCUCAACCCACCUGCACAGACCUGCAGCCUGUUCAGCCAUCGUGUCCGACUCGCUGGUACUGGAAGUUGGUCCCUCAUGCCAUCGCUUUUUGUUUGAAGGAGUCGGGGAAUAAGCCGCCAGUGAUUCGCUACAGGAAGGAUAAAGUGCAGUCCAAACAGACUCCUACAUUUCCGUUCGUGUCGGAGUUGAAGGACCUGUCCAAUGGCUGUGCCAUCGCUACUGUGCUGCAUUUCUACUGUCCAACGCUGCUCCGUCUGGAAGAUGUGUGUUUGAAGGACACCAUGUCGGUGGCAGACAGCCUGUACAACCUGCAGCUCAUCAGGAACUUCUGUGAGAGCUGGCUGAAAGGGUGCUGCCCCCUGGUGUUGGAAGACCUGCUCUACACCCCACAAACACUGAAGCUGAACAUCAUGUGCUUCAUGGCGGAGUUGUUAAAGUGGUUUGAGGUGCUAAAACCAGACAUUGUCCAGCCAUCACUGACUCUCGACCUGACAGAUGCUUCUGGUCUGGAUGGCUGUACGAGCCCCAUGAAUGGGAACAGUAACAGUGGCUCUCCGUCAUUCAUCUUCAAGCAGCCCUUCCUGCCCAUCACAUCUCCAGUUUCCCCUGCAGGAGGAUCAGAAGGGAAAGGCUGGAGCAAGAAGCAACUCAGUCGUCCUCUCUCGGCGGUAGCCUUCAGUAUCCCUUUCCCUCUGGACAGUGACGUGGACGUCGUCAUGGGCAACAAGGUCUUCCGCUCCGUCAGCACCGACAGCCUGACCGCCACGGUGACGGCACGCCCCGCCCACCACCCCUACACGCCACCCGAGGACCUGAGUCACAUGAUCCCCGUUGCACCAAUGGGAGAGCUGCCCACCAUCGAGGAGGCGCUGCACCUGAUCCAUGCGCCCAACGGCAGCGUAGCGGUCCGGCAGCGCCCAGAGGGGGCACCGGCGGGGUUCUACCUGCACUCGCGGGCCGAGGAAGAGGAGGGAGAGGAAGAGGAAGGCGGGAGGAGGAAGGCGAAGGAAGGGUCCAAGCUCAGCUGCUCCGCCCCGUGUCGCUCCAUGCUGCGUAGGCCGGUGGGCGUGGACUCGGACGGCACUGCCGCCGCCGGUGCCUCCCCCGUCGACCCCUCGCCUCCCGUCACCCCGAGCAAGGCGCGCAUGACCAGCUUCGCCGAGCGUCGGCGGAGACAGCCCGAGUCGCCGGCGGCUACAACACCAUCCACGCCCGACUGCGACGGGACGUCCUCGCCGAGGCGCCCGACCCCCAGGGUGGGGGGUCUCCAGCAGGGCGGGACGGUGGGAGGGCAGGACGGCGAGGAAGACAGCCCGAGCGUGAGCAGCCCCGCUGGGCAGGCCGAGGCCUGGGAGCUGGCCUCCCGCCUGGAGGAGAAGCGCAGGGCCAUCGAGUCCCAGAAGAGGAGGAUCGAGGCCAUCUUCACCCGGCAUCGCCAGCGCCUGGGCAAGACGGCCUUCCUCCAGCUCAAGAGGGAGCAGGGAGAGGGGGAGGGAGGAGAGAAUGAAGGAGCAGGAGGAGGUGGAGGAGGAGGAGAGGUGGAUUCUAUGAGUCUGGAAGAGCGCCUCUCUCGCAUGGAGGAAGACUUGCAGAGAGAGGAGGAGAAGGAGAGAGAGGAGAAGGGGAGCACAGAGGAGAAGGGGAAAGAAAAGGAGAAGGAGAGCGUGAAAAAGGAGGAGAGAGAGAAGGAAGGAGAGAAGGAAGGAGGAGAGAAUGCUGGUGGAGGUGCGAGUGCCAACGGAUUAGGGGCCGCGCCCAAGUUGGAGAAGCAGGUGACCUUCUCCGUGGAGACCAGGAAUGGGGAGGAGAAGGAGUCGUCGUCGCUGAGCCAAUACGACGAGGCUGUGACAAAGCUUAGCUCCGCCCUCCAGGCCCUGCAGAAGGACAUGCUGAAGCUCACCGAGCAGCAGCAAAGGCUCAUGGGACCGCCCAAGAAGGCCGCACACAGUUCCUCCUCGGCCAAGACCACACCCUCCCGCAAGACCCCGCCCCCAAGCAAGGCCUGGGUCAUAACGGCCAGCCCCAAAGCCUCGGCCACGCCCCCUCACCUGUCCCGCGAGUCCACGCGUGACAUUUCCCCUUCCUCCUCCCCCUCACGCUCCGCCCCCAACCACGGCCACGCCCCUCCCACGACCACGCCCAAAUCCCCUCAGGCGACCCCCGCAAACCAAGCUGCCGCCACCGCCGCCCGUAAGACCCCGAAGAGCCCGUCGUCAACCGCCACCAAGAGCCCCCGCCGGCAGCAGCAGCAGCAGCAGCGCCCGCCCGCGCGUCCCUCCGACCUCCGCUUCCCCUCGGCUCGCGUCCUCACCACCACCCACAGCGUGGACACGCUCCCCCACCUGCGCCGCGUGUCCCCCAGCAAGUGCCAGGUGCAGACGGCCUCCUCUCUCCGCUUCGGCGGGCCCCAGACCCCCCCCCCGCCGCCGCCCCAGACUCCCACGCCUCCCACACACGCUCCGCAGCUGCCCAAGCCCCAGGAGAGCGCCUCCGAGUCGGUGUCGAGCGACGAGCACGUGGCCAUGUUCAGCCUGGAGCUAGAGGCCGGUGCUACUCCUCCUCCUCCUCCUGCCGCUGCUAACACGGCUCAAGGUGUCGCCUGUGCUAACGUCAGUGGGGCCGUUUUCCCGAGGCCUCCGGGGUCGGUGGCCGGCGGGAGCAGCUUCGGGGGAGGCAGCAGCUCGGGGGCCCCCUCGGAGUGCUCCUUCGACAGCGACCUCAUGAUCAGCGCCGGGCUGACCGACGGAGAGACGGAGGUGGAGACGGAUGGAGGAGGAGGAGGGGAUAGUGAGCGGCUGCUGGAGGCGGCGCUGUCGUCCCUGGAGGGCCCACUAGGGGGCGGCGAGGAGACGGAUCAGGAACAAGGGCCGGAGGUCUUCUCGUCUGACUCGAUGAGCGACCAGACGGAGUCGGAGACCAGAGGAGGUGUUGGGUUCUAUUUCAGGGAGGAGGGCAUGUCGGAGAAGGAAAUGGCCCAGAGGAAAGCAGCUCUGCUGGAAAGACAACAGAGAAGAGCCGAGGAGAUGAGGAGACGCCGACAGGAGCAGGAGAGAGAGAACAGUCGGGCGUCCUCUACAGACGAACUCCGCCUCUCCCAGUCCCUCCCCACGUCCUCCUUCUUCGCUCCUCCCCCCGCCCAACACACGCAGGCCACGCCCCCGUCCACGCCCCAGCGUCGGGGAGACUUCACGCGGGAAGAGUACGGGCGGCGGCGGCAGCUGAAGAUCAUGUCCGACUUGGGGAAGGUGCUCCAGGAGAAACCAUCCGCCAGUAAACAACACAAACAACAACAACAACAACACAAACCACAACAACAACAACAACAACACAAACCACAACAACAACAACAACAAAACAAACCACAACAGCACAAACCACAACAGCACAAACCCCGCGGCAACAAGAGUCGGGGCAACAACGUCGCCAUCACCAGGAGCCCUGCCAAGGCAACUAUGGAUUCCAGUGUGGCUGCCGCCAUGACCAACGGGCCUCAACCUGCUGUGAAGCCCCCCAGCCACUCCAACUCCCCAUCGGACCGGACGAUGUCACCGGGCCACCGGACGAUGUCACCGGGCCACCGGACGAUGUCACCGAGCCACCGGACGAUGUCACCGGGCCGGCUGGCCAAUCAGAACGGAGACAAAGACUGGGAGAACGGCUCCGGGGCCUCGUCCCCCGCCUCCCUGCCCGAGUACACGGGGCCCAAGCUGUACCGAGAGCCCAGCUUCAAGUCCAACAAGUUCAUCAUCAACAACGCCCUCUCACGCUGCUGUCUGGCCGGCAGGGUCAACCAGCCCCACAAGGACAAGAUGAUAGAGGAGAUUGAGAAGAGCUCGGCGAACCACUUCCUGAUCCUGUUCCGCGACGCGCAUUGCCAGUUCCGAGCCGUGUACACAGCCGCCGGUGGGAACGCCGGUGGGAACGCCGGCGGCGCCGGCGGCAACAGCGGCGAGUCACCCGAGGAGCUGGUGCGCCUGUGUGGCGUGGGGCCACGUGUCAUUUCCUGCGCCGACGUGGAGGCCAUCUACAAGUACAGCUCGGACAGGAAGCAGUUUAGCGCCAUCCCCUCCAAGACCAUGAGCAUGAGCGUGGAUGCCUUCACCAUCCCUGCCCACCUGUGGCAGGCCAAGAAGCAGGGCACGCCCAAGAAGGCCGCCACGCCCAAGUGACCUGGCUCACACACACUCACACACACUCACACACACUCACACACACACACUCACAC